GUAAAUGAUAACAGCAUUUACCGACAACAGUCAACAUUGAAGUUUGAACAUUCAGAUUUCAGCAUAUUGCUAUCUAAUAGUAAUCAAUUCGAAUAAUAGGCAUUUUUCAAAAACAAAUUUUGUAUAAUUCUUUAUACUGUUCCCUAUUAAUUAGAAAAAUGGCCGAUCAAAAUAUUCUGGACAAGUCUAUGAGAAGCGUUUUCGUUGGAAAUAUUCCGUAUGAAGCUACUGAAGAAAAACUCAAAGAUAUAUUUAACGAAGUGGGACCCGUUAUAUCUUUUAAACUUGUUUACGAUAGAGAAACGGGAAAACCAAAAGGCUAUGGUUUUUGCGAGUACAAAGAUCAAGAAACCGCACUUAGUGCCAUGCGUAAUCUCAACGGCUAUGAAAUUGGCGGCCGCACUCUUCGUGUUGAUAACGCUUGUACAGAAAAAUCAAGACUGGAAAUGCAAUCUUUAAUGAUGGGAAUGCCUACAUCAGAAAAUCAUUAUGGUGAAGCUGUGAGUGCUGAAAAAGCACCUGAACAUAUAAGUAGUGCAGUCGCUUCUUUGCCGCCGGAGCAAAUGUUUGAGCUCAUGAAACAAAUGAAAGUCUGCAUACAGAAUAAUCCCGCAGAAGCUCGUAGUAUGUUAUUGCAAAAUCCGCAACUUGGCUACGCAUUGUUACAAGCACAAGUCAUAAUGAAAAUUGUGGAUCCACAGGUCGCCGUUAGCAUGUUGCACUCGGCACACAAAGUGCCUCCACCAUUGAUUCCAAAUACUACAGUGCCCACGGCAACUGUAAAUUCUGUACCACGUAUGCCCAUCAACGAUGUUUGGACUCAGCCGAAACCUACAAAUCCUAUUGUACAACCUCACACUCUGCCCGUUGAAGACAUGGACCUGAGGCAAAUGAAUCGUGUACGAGUUAUGGACCAAGAUCUAAGGCAGCCACCAUCACAAAUGCCUAUCCCGCAGCCAAUAACUUCAAUGCCCAUCGACCCAAUGCCUACUCAACCCAUACCAGUUUCAAGAGAUCCACGAGCUACAAACAUGGACUCUGAUAUACGUCAACAAUUUACGAUCCGGGAUCCGAGAGCGGCUUCUAAUAUUUCUGCACCUUCAGUAACAGUUCCACAAAUGCCUUCUCAACCAUUGCAGCCAUCACGUCCUUCGACCGUUCAGCAACAACCCAAACAAGCUUCAUCCACCGACACUGAAAAGGCUGCGUUGAUUAUGCAAGUAUUGCAGUUGACCGACGAACAAAUUGCAAUGUUGCCAGUUGAACAACGGCAGAGUAUUCUCGUUUUAAAAGAACAGAUAGCUAAAUCUGCUCAAAGAUAGUUGUCUUAAUAGUUAAUUUUUUUUUAUGUACUAAGACCAAAUUGUCUUCUUAUAAUUUCCUUUUAAAUAUCAUCUUGAAUAUCGGAUAAUAAUUUUUGCGUAACAAUUAUAAACCAAUAUUUUUAUUAA